AUGGAGGCUUUGAAGCAGUUGCGCAUCGGCAAGCGGCUCGAGGUCGCGUUCGCGGCGGUGCUGGUGCUGAUGCUCGUGGUGUCGGUCGUCGGCGUGGGCGGCAUCUACCGCGUCGCCGCCGGGCUGGAGACGGUCUACCGGGACCGCACGGUGCCGCUGGCCCAGCUCGGUGAGCUGAACAACCUCUCCACGCGCAACCGGCUCAUCAUCGUGGAGAUGCUGCGCGCGCCGGGCUUCGACGAGAUCAAGCGCCGCAGCGACGAGCUGGCCGCCAACCUCAAGCGCGGCCAGGGCCUGCUCGACCAGUACCUCGCCACCCGGCUCACCGGCGACGAGCGUGUCCUCGCCGACCGAUUCGUCGCGUCGCGCAAGGCCUAUGUGGACGAAGGCCUGCUGCCGGUCAGCACGGCGCUGUCCACUGGCGGCAUGAGCACUGCGCUGCAGAUCUACGAGGAAAAGACGCUGCCGCUGGCGACGCAGACACGCGAGCUGGCCGACAAGCUCGUGCAGCUGCAGAUUGACGUGGCGGCCAAGGAGUACGAGCAAGGCCAGGCCACGCGCACCUCGGCCGUCGCGACAGCCGUCGUCCUGACCGGCGUGGCGCUGGCCCUGGGGCUGGCGAUGGCCUGGAUGAUCACGCGCUCGAUCACGGCGCCGCCCGGGCAGGCGCGGCCGAAGUCGGUGGAGUAG